UACAACAUUCAAGUGCAUAUAAUAAUGCUAAAAGAUUGAAAAGGGAAGUAAACAAAAACAUGGAUCGGCCAGAACCUGGUAGUGUUGAAGAUUUAGCCACAUUAGCAAAGUUAGAUGACAGUAUUUUGCUGGAUGAGUUGAGAGUCAGAUAUAAUAAAAACCUAAUAUAUACAUAUGUUGGUGACAUUUUAAUUGCAGUUAAUCCAUUCCGAGAUCUUGAUAUAUACGGAACUGAGGAAAGUCAGAAAUACUAUCUAGAGAAGAAGAGUUCAAAUCCUCCACAUAUAUUUGCAAUAUCUGAUGCAGCGUAUCAAUGUAUAACAGGAUAUGGAGGGAGAACACCAACCAAUCAGUGUAUACUUAUCAGUGGAGAGAGUGGAGCAGGAAAAACUGAAAGUACAAAAUUAAUUAUAAAACAGUUAAUAGAACUAUGUCGAAGCAAUACACAGCUAGAACAACAGAUUCUUCAGGUCAAUCCACUGUUGGAAGCUUUUGGAAAUGCUCAAACUUCUAUGAACAACAAUUCCAGCAGAUUUGGGAAAUAUAUACAGUUAGCCUUCAGGAAUGGUCAUGUGAUUGGAGCAAAAAUAUCGGAAUAUCUGCUGGAAAGGUCUCGGUUAGUCAGACAAAACCCAGGAGAAGAAAAUUUCCAUAUAUUUUACUACAUGUUUGCUGGUUUAACAACAGAAUACCAACAAAGAUUUCACCUGCAGAAUCCUGAAAAUUACAGAUAUUUAUCUAAUGGUGCAUCUUGUUUAAAAAGUGAAAAGAAAAGUUUAAAAGAAAACUAUGAAGACCUGAGAAACUCCUUAGAUUUGGUUGGAUUUACUGAUGAUGAACAAGAAAAUAUGUUUAACAUGAUAGCAGCUGUACUAAACCUUGGCAAUGUACAAUUUGGUAUGGACGAUGAUGAAGCAUCUUUUGUCGAAGAUGACAAUUCUUUCAUUAAAGUUGCCUCGACUCUUCUUGGAAUUCCUACAGAGGAAGUGGCUGGUACACUAACCUCUAUGGUGACCUAUACCAGGGGUGAAGAGGUCAAAAGGAACUACACACAACAACAAGCUGCAGAUGCCAGAGAUGCUAUUGCUAAGGCUAUCUAUGGUAGAAUGUUUGGUUGGAUUGUGAACAAAAUAAAUCAGCUGUUGGCUCCACAAGAAUAUACAGAGGAAGGAGACAGGAGAGAGAUAGGUAUUUUAGAUAUAUUUGGAUUUGAACAUUUUGAAAAGAACAGUUUUGAACAAGCUUGUAUAAACCUUGCUAAUGAACAGUUACAGUUCUUCUUUAACCAGCAUGUAUUUAGACUUGAGCAGGAAGAGUAUACCAAGGAAGGCAUAGACUGGAAGGAAAUCAAGUUUGUGGAUAAUCAGCCAUUAUUGGAUUUGUUCCUUGUGAAACCCAUUGGUAUUCUAUCUUUACUUGAUGAAGAAAGUCAGUUUCCAAAGGCUACAGAUGCAACAUUUGUAGAUAAAUUAAAUAAACAUUUUGGUAAAAACAGUUACUAUGGCAAAUCACAGCACACGAAAUCUAGCAAAUUUACCAUCAGUCACUAUGCUGGAAAAGUAACCUAUGAUGCUUCCGAAUGGUUAGAGAAGAAUCGAGACUCAUUACCUGCAGGAUUGCAAGAAAUGUUACAAGGCAGUACUAAUGACUUGGCUAAACUUAUAUUUAGAGCUCAAAUAACAAGAACUGGUACCCUAGCACUACAGUCAAGAAAAUCCAGACAUACUAGGAAGAGCAAGAGACCAUCAGUCGAUGGAGGAAGAAAGAGGAAGCAGACGGUCGGGGGACAGUUCAAGAAUUCUUUACAAAUAUUAAUGGAAAGAAUGACGUCUGCCACGCCUAUAUUUGUGAGAUGUCUCAAACCAAAUCAUGUCAAAAGUCCUGGAAAGUUUGACACUGUCUACAUCAAACAACAGCUUUUAUACACAGGAAUGCUGGAAACUACAAAAAUAAGAAGAGAAGGAUUUGCUGUCAGACCAACUUUUCCUGAAUUUGUUGACAAAUACAAAAUAAUAGUAUGUAAAGCAAGUUUACCAGGAACAAAGGAGAACUGUUUAAAGAUUUUGAAAGCCAGUAAAAUAACAGGGUGGCAACUUGGAAAAACUAAAGUAUUUUUAAAGUAUUAUCACAUAGAACAGUUAGCAGAUAUCUUUAAAUUAAUGGGAAAAUCAGCAGUACAGUUACAGAAAUUGGUAAGGGGUUUUCUUGGAAGAUGUGACUACAAAAGACGUCUAGCCGAGGCAAGACAGCAAGCAAUGAGAGUUCAACAUUUACUUGAGAGUAUUCAGAAUCUUAGUAUAGAUCUGAGUAAUUAUCAACAGGUGGCGCUGUUAAAUGAUCAAAAGAUUCCAAAAGCAUUCUUUGGGAAAUAUGAAGAGAAUGAGCAACCACCAUAUAUCCCAUCGUUUAAUUCUGAUGUAAUAUCUAUACAACCAUCAAUGAGGAGUUAUGAACAACCUGCCAAGUCUCCUCCAACCUCACGAGAAAUGGGAACUCAGGCCAGUAGUUCAGAGUCAGAAUUUUCAGAUGAUGAAUUUAAACCAAUAUCAUCCACAAACUUUGGUCCUCCAGGGACAAAACAUGCCACGAUUAGGUGGUUUAAAGAAACACAAACCCAACAGGUGUAUGAUCCUGUCAAUACUGAUGGCAACUUUAUAGCUGAAUGGUUCCAUGGUGUCAUUAGUAGGAAAACUUCAGAAAGAUUAUUAAAAAGUAAAUCCGUUGGAUGUUUUCUUGUCAGGGUCAGUGAGAGUAGAUUUGGUUACACCCUCUCUUUCAGAGCAAAGGAUAGGUCAAGACAUUACAUGAUAGACCAAUUAGCCAAUAAAAAGUUCAUUAUAAUUGGAGAGCCUAAAGUUCAUAGAACAUUGAAAGAUCUUGUUGAAUAUCACAAAAAAAAUAAGUUGUCUAAUUGGGAUGAUUUUCUUCAAGUUCCAUGUGGACAGGAACAUGGGGAAUGUGAUUACCAGGAUCUCAUGGGAGAUAACUUUUAUUUCACCCUUGAAGAAGAACAAAAAAAGCCUGUAUAUACCAGACCGAGACAAUCAGCAGUGAUAAAAGGAAACAGAGUUAGCAGAAAUGUGCCUCCUCGUGCUGAAGGGAAGAAAAUAUCACAACCAGUGGCUCCAUCUGUUGACAAAAUACCACCUCGUCAGUCCCAGGUAAUCCCAACCCCUGAUAAAGUACCUACUCGUCAGUCGCAGGCAGCACCACCUAUACCACAGAGAAACUACACUCAGUCACAGAAUCAUGAUAGACAGUCACAAGUCAGUGGACGACCUUUACCCAAGCGACCUGACGAGGCUUAUCAGAGACUGCUACAGAAUCAGAAUGAACAGCAUGGUUAUCAUUGAAGAAAUAGCUAGAGGACAUAUGUGUAGACAAUCAUAGAAUAUGUGUGUGUUGUACUUCAUUAUAAUCCAGUAUAAAUGACUGCUGAUCUACUUCCUUCAAUCAUACAAACAUAUAUAAGCAGAUUGAGCAAAACUGCAUGUAUAUAGUAGAAUUGAGCAGACUUGAUUUUAUUUGCUGUAUAUUUGUGGACCAGGAUUCUUAAUGGAAGCAAUGUAUAAUCUAUUGUCAGACUUGUUUACUAACAAAUAUAGAAAUGUUCAUUGCCAAGAGUAUAUGUUAUAAAGAUUCAAACAUUCCUUGGAUAUUUUAUUAUUUACAAAUUCUUCAUUUGUUUAUGAGCAUGUCAAUAAAUUUCACAAUUGAUCCGGUUAUCAUUAUAUAAUUACCUUGUCAUGGACCACGUACCACUUCAGUUUACUGCUAAAGUCAAAUAAUGUCCAAUAUUGGAAAUAUCUGUUGUUGUGACCUGAAGGUCCAUAAAGCUAGAAUUUGAUACCUUAGGAAACAUUGUUUGUUUAUCUGGGUUUUUUUUUGUUAAAAUAAGAAACCUAUGAAAUUUUGCGAGAUUUAAAAUACUAUAUGUGUCAAUUGUUUUAUCAAUCAUAAUUUGUAGUUUUAUAUAUGAAAAAAACAUUUAUUAGAAUCAACCUGUUCAUCUGUCUGUCAAUGUGCCUAGUAAUUGCUACUCCUCCUAAACUAGAAGGAUAUUGAUAACACUUUACACAGUUCAAUACUAAUAUCGUUCCCCUGUCUUACUAGUUUAAGGGGAGGUAAUAAGUAUACUAAUAGUAUUGCGGAAUUGGGGGCUCCUUUUGUGUGUUCAUUCACAGUUCCAUUUUAUUUUUUACUUUAAUCUUGAAUAAGUUGGUAUAUUUAAGUUUCAGAUUAACAUACAAAUAUAAAAAGAUUGAACUUCAUGUCAAUAAGCUGAUGAUUAAUUUAUAUCUAACUGGAAGUGUUUAACGACCUUGACUGGAUGUACAUCCCUCGCACGGUCGGUAAAUUUAUAUCGAUUAUAUAUCCUAGUAUUUAUAUAGUGUGGCAGUUAGGGAGCUACCAUUUGAUUUGUAUGGGGGGGCUAGGAUGAAAUUUGAAAAAAAGGCAGGACAGGAGUUAAGAAAAAGGCAGGAUGAGCAACUUUGCAAAAAAAAAAGGCAGGAUGACAAUGUAAAAAAAGUCAGGAUAAACUAAUAAAAUAAAGUGAAACUGUGAGCUACUGCUCACUGAUGAUACCACCACUGCAACUGGAUAAUUUUAAAAGUGUAAAAAUAUGUAAGUGUUCAGUAAACAGGAAGUUGUUGAGUGAUGAAUCUGAAAACGCAUCACAUGGUAUAGCUGACUUAUAUAAACCCUGAAACCAAAUUUCAGAAAACCUUAUGAUGUAGUUCCUGAGAAAGAUGCAACAAAAAAUAUUCAUGGGACGGACUGACGAACAGAGGUAAAACAGUAUACCCCCACUUUUUUUAAGCGGGGGUAUAAAAAAGGCAGGACCGAUAAGUGAAAAAUAAAAGGCAGGACAGAGAUAAUACAACUAAAAAAAAAUGCAGGACAAAAUUUUUCAUCCUAGCCCCCCCCCCCAUAAAAAUCAAAUGGUAGCUCCCUUCCUUUAGAAAUCUUCAUCUGCAUAAUAGCAUCAACUGUAAUUGGAAAUAAGUUUAUAUUUCAUUUCACAAAUAUUUGGUGCCGAUUCUAACCUGUAAUUAUAUCCUGUUUUUAGCCAAACAUUUUUAGUGUUUGCAGUUGUUAUAGCCUCUGAUAAAUGCAUUGUCCCAAUUGUCAAACAUUGUAUUGUUAAUGUUCACCAUAUAAAUUAUAGAUAAAUAUACAUUUGAUGCGUUUUGUUUUUAAUAUUUCUAAUGAAAAUUUGAUGUGUAUUGUGUAUAUAAUAUUUCUAUGUUAUUUUGAUGCUCUUUACAUCCUUUAAUAUCAAAGUUUUUGUUGAGGCAUAAUAGGUUCAUUGUUUUAUCCAAGCCUCUUGUUUUGAAAAAGAACAGUUAUUUACUUCUUAUUUUCCAAGUUCAUUUGUUACACAUUUGAGUAGCGGUAGGAGAGGGUGUCAUCCCAAAUUUUAGAAAAAAAUAAAAAUUCUUUACUACGGAUACCGAAAAAUUAAUCAUUAAUUCCUGAGUCUCGAUAAGUGAAAAUCAUGAAUUUCCAUGAAAAUAAAAGCCCAAUUCUGAAUUCCCAUGAAAACAAAUACCCAACCCUGAAUUCCUUCAAAAAUAAAUGCCCAAUCCCGAUGUCCAGAAACAUGUCCUUCCACCCCUCACUUUUGAGUGCCAACUAUCAUCAACGAAGAUUGACAGUACUGUCAGAUGCCAAAAAUAAAACCACCUUUUAAAAAUAUAAUACUCAACAAAAUAAAUUUAAUGCAUUAUUUGACCAGCAUUAGUCAUACAGAUUCAACCUUUGAGAUUGUAAAAAGUUUUUAUUUAAAUGUUGUGAUUGUUCAGUUUUGCUGACAUAUUUUUAUCCAUGUCAAAGCUUAGCUACAGUGGCAAACAUUAUAGUUUUGCAAUACCUGUCUUAGUUCAAUGCUUGUUGAACAGGCAGCAUCAAGUGUUUCACUUUGUUCAACUUGUUAAAAACAUAACAAUGAUAGUGUUAUCAUAAUGUGUAAUGAUUUUAUCAUAAUGUGUAAUGAUGUUAUUCAGCUUAUAUGAAUGUAUGUGUGCAAUCAUUUUGUUAUAUUUAUGUACAUUAAUUUAUUCGAUUUAUAUAGUGUGGCAGUUGUUUUAAAAAUCUUCUGCAUUAAAGCAUUUACUGUUAAACAAUAAUGAAUAAAUUAAUAUUUCUAAACACAUUUAUUUAAGAUAUAUGCAGGUCAUAUAUUUCACCUUAUCAUGAGACACAUCUGUGGCUUCUGUGAUUUGUAGAUAUAUACAACAGAAGAAUGGUAUUAGAAGUUAAUAGAGAAGAUUUAUAUAUUAUAUUGAGUGUACAGGGUUAGUGGCCACAAGUAAUAUAUUAUAUCAAAUCUUGGCUAUAAAUCUUUUACCAUAAGGGAAGGUCAUUUGCUGUUGGUCUUUUGCUUACUAAUCGGACCACAUGAGGUUGGACCUGUUCUCUUAUUUUAUAUCUACUUUCAUUUUUAUUUUAUAUCUACUUUCAUUUAGUAUUUUGAUACAUAAGAUAUUAAAUUGUUAUAUUUGUAAUAAACAGGCAUAUAUAAUAAAGGUUCUUUAAAGCAAA